AUUUUGUAGGUAUAAAAUAUAUUAGUAGUCUUAGAUUCCCUCUAAAUAAUUCAUUUCUUUAGUGGAGAAAAAAGUGCAUUUAUUCACUAAUCUUGUUUGGUGACAGGCAAAGUUGUUAUUUGGAAUUUGAACUUUGAAAUGAUUCUAUUCUUGUUCAUUGUGAAGUUGUAUCCCUCAAGUUGAAUGAAUUGAAACCUAACGACGCCAUACAUUUUCCCUGUUCACUUUUAUGUUAUUAUAUUUAAAAUUCGCUUUUUCAGCAAAACAUUUUUGUGCUUCAAGAUUCGUUUAGAAAGAAAAAGAAGAAAAUGCUCACAUUGUUCUCGAGUCCUCUCCGCAUUUUUACUGGCAACAUUCAGAGGCGUUUUCUAGUGAACCCUAAAAGCUAUGCUAUUCCCUAAACUUUGUGUUUUCUCUUUUCUAGCCCACCCACCCACGUCAACUCAUUACUCUGCUGCUGCUGCUGCUGCUAGGUCAUAAAACCACCAUGCUUUUUUUCUAAUGCUGCAAACCAAAUUCCAUCCUUCUUCUAGACAUCAACAUAAAGCUUCCAUGGGGACUUUCUGUACCAGUACCACAGCUCUCAAGCUUGGUUUUGUGUGGCUACAACUAAGCUCUGUGCAAUGCCAUGGAAGAAUACUCAAGGAUAGCUCCCCACCUGAUCAGUUCAAGAACAGGUUUCAAAGGAUUUUUCUGAGUAUUCUUUUUGGUAUGUUCACAGGAUUGAUUUGUGCACUUGUCUUUGCUUGGCUUGUUCGGAGCUUUGUUCGUUACAUCAACAAAGCCCCAAUUCUCAAAGGCCCGGUUGUAUUCUCUCCUAAAAUCCCAGCCAAGACUCUGCAAUCAGCUCUUGCUAAUUACACCCAGUUGCUAGGGUCAAGUACCUGUGGGAAAUACUACAGGACUGUUCUCGACAAUGGCCUUACUGUUGCAGUCAAGAGGGUGGAACCCGGUUCUCCCCAGUUACACACAAAGUCAUUCAAGAGAAGAAUACAACAGGAACUUGAAAUGAUUGCUAGUUUGAGGCACAGGAACUUGAUGAGUUUAAGGGCUUACGUUCGCGAAUCCAAUUCAUUCUUUCUGGUCUACGAUUAUGUACCCACAGGCAGUCUUGAAGAUGCAAUGAUCAAAGUUAGGGAAAACCAAUUGCAACUACCCUGGGAAGUCAGGCUCCGAAUUGCAGUUGGGAUUGUUAAGGGUCUUCAGUAUCUUCACUUUUCUUCCAACCCCAGAAUUUUGCAUCGCAAUUUGAAGCCCACAAAUGUAAUGUUGGAUGCUGAGUUUGAGCCUAGGUUGGCUGAUUGCGGUUUGGCUAAAAUCAUUCCCACUUUAAAUCUCCCUGCAGCAUCAAGCUACGGUCCUCCGGAAUCUUUCCAGAGCUGCAGGUAUACAGAUAAGAGUGACGUAUUCAGCUUUGGGGUCAUAUUGGGUGUUCUAUUAACUGGAAAGUACCCAACAGAUGCCUUUUUCGGGGAUACAUCUACUGGAGGAAGUUUAGCGCGUUGGCUUCAACGUUUGCAGGAAGCAGGCGAUGCUCGAGAAGCAUUGGAUAAGAGUAUUCUAGGGGAAGAGGUUGAGGAAGAUGAGAUGCUAAUGGCAGUAAAAAUAGCAGUGGUAUGCUUAUCAGACAUGCCUGCUGAUCGGCCUUCCAGUGAUGAGCUCGUUUCCAUGCUCACCCAAUUAAAUAGCUUCUGAUUACUUUGCUCGAGAGGGAAAGCAGUUGCUAUCUUUUUUGUAUAUCAAGGAUUCAAAUAAUCACAGCUUUAAGGUUGUUCUUUUGGCUUUCUAAAGUGAUAGUUUGCUGUGUGGAAGCAUAUUCUUUUGGUAGUUGAGCAAUGCCUUUUGGUUAUGGCCAUGAAAGGGAGUGUAGUUGGCUCAUUCAAGAAAUAUGACUAUGACCAGAAGUACUUCUUACCUCCGGAAACAGUGCUGAAACUUCAGAAAGCACUUGAACAAUUAACAGUAAUGGCCUCAUUUAGACAUUAGAAAAAAAAUAUUAAUUGACCUUUGUACGUAAAUUUGAGUAGUGUUGUUAAUUAAAUGCUGUUUGUUUUAGAAAGGAUUUGCUAACAGGUAGAGAAUAUGUAACAAAUACCAUGAAGUACUUGCACACUGGCAGUAGUUUGUGAAUAUUGGAGACAUUUGCAUUGAUAUUCUUUUAACCUUUUCUAAUGAUAGUGUGUUUUGUGGGGUUA